AUGCCAUCAGUGCAUCAAUAUGAAGGUCUACAUAUUCUUUUUCAAGACAUAAGACAGAAGUAAGUUCAGCCAAAAUUGGAUGAGGGUGUAAUUUAAACCCAGGUCAUAGAUAUCCACGUUGGAGAGAAGAACUAUAUAAAUGAUGGAGCAGAGCCCCAGACCAAUAUCUUAGAGAAAUCUUAGUAUACUGAUCAACAAUUCCCUACCUCCGACUACCAAACUACUCUUAAAUCCUAUAAAAAGAGACCACAGCCUGAGAUGAAAAGGGACAGGAAACCAUGAGUUGGUUUUCAGGAAGCCCAGCUUUUAAGAGUCCCCUAAUUUCGUUACCAAAAAAAAUGCUCUAAUUUCAGCUGUUGCGGUGGUCCUCCUCCGCUCCCCGAGACUGAUUCCGACGGUUGGGGGGUGUUCUUGAUUGAUACCCCGCUCUUCUGUAUUAAAUGCAGUAGCUGAGGAAACCCACCAACCUCGCCCCUCCAAAAAAAAAUCCCCCCGUUUCGCCCACACUUCUCUCCGUCAUGCUACAAAACCCCCUUCUUCUCCCCCUCCUCUUCCCAAAAUGUCCUUCUCCCCCUCCUCCGCCGCCGCCGCCGCCACCACCGACGACAACGCCACCGCCGCCGCCUCCCCUCCAACCUCCUCGUCCUCCUUCUUCCUCCAGAACCUCAGCAACCUCGGCCUCGGCUACGCCAUCGCCAUCGCCCUCGGCGUCCUUGUCCUCCUCUCCACGGUCCUCCUCGCCUCCUACGUCUGCUGCCGCGCCCGCGCCCGAAGCACGAAUCCUAACCCUAACGGUGGCGGCGCCGGCGGGAACUCCAACGGCGUCGUGCUGCCCCGCAUAAUCUUUGUCGCGGAGGAGGAGGAGGACGACGACGAGGAUAACAACGGCGAGGAGGGCGGCCGCGGCGGCCGGGGCUCCGCACCCACCGGGCUGGACCCGGCGGCGAUCAGCUCCUACCCGAGGUUCCCGUUCUCCGCCGCCAAGGGCGGGGAGGCCGUGUGCUCCAUCUGCCUCGGGGAGUACCGGGAGGGGGAGAUGCUCCGGAUGAUGCCGGACUGCCGCCACUACUUCCACCUUCCCUGCAUCGACGAAUGGCUCCGACUCAACGCCUCCUGCCCCGUUUGCCGCAACUCGCCGAUGCCCACACCCGUCUCCACGCCGCUGUCUACCCCGCUAUCCGAACUCGUCCCGCUUUCCCACUUCGCCGCCGACCGGAGGAGGAGGUGAUCGCCGUUCACCAGGUUCCUGAUCUUGCCAUCCGUGUGUAAAUUUUAGGGCUUUCUUCGUUCCUAUACCUUUCUGCUUUUUUAAUUAGGGAAACAAAAGCCUUGCGGUAGAUCUGACAACAUGGAGGCGUAUGGUGUUUUGUGGCUAAUUAGGCUUUUAGGAUUUCCAUAAUGCUUGCUGUGUUCAAUUGAUUAGAUUCUUUUUUUUUUCCCUAUAGUUUCUUGGCUGUGUGUUAAUUCCAUCGAAAUGGAUAUAUAUGAAAUUUUGGGUCUUAUGUGCAAGUUAGUGUGAUUAUAAUGCUCUACUUUUGAAAUGCAAUGUGGAUUUAAUAUUAUAGAUGCGUUCUGUUGUC